ACAUUUAAAUAUAUAAAUAAUUUUAGAUAAAGCAUUUUACCGCAUUUCCCAAAUAGUAUUAAGACGUUGGAGCGCAAGGAUCUACAACAUUUGACCGGAAGCAAAGAUAGAUCCUUUUCCUCUCUCUUCCUGCGCUGAAAGGUAGGUCAAGAUGUCGUCGUCUCACCUGCAAUGGAUGGUCAUCAGGAACUGCUCCAGUUACCUCAUCAAGAGGAACGGACAGACCUACAGCACUGAGCCCAACAACCUUAAGUCUCGCAACUCCUUCCGCUUCAACGGCCUUGUGCACCGCAAGACAGUGGGAGUUGAGGCUGCAGCUGAUGGAAAGGGUGUUGUCGUCAUGCUGAAGAAGAGAGCAGGCCAGCGUAAACCUGCCAAUUGCUAUGAGAAGAUCACAGUCAACAAGAACGCCAGAGCCACGCUGAGCAGCCUGCGCCACAUCAUCCGCAAGAAUCACUAUAGGAGAGACCUGCGCAUGUCUGCCCUGCGUCGCGCCAGCGCCAUACUGCGCAGCCAGAAGCCAGUGGUGGUGAAGAAGAAGCGCACCCGUGCCACCAAGACCGCAUAAGCGUGCAGCACCAUGUGUUCUAAAAUAAAGACGUUUUGUUCAAAACCA